AGCGUCCUGAAGGCCAAGGCGGUGGUGGCCUUCCAUCGCGGCAACUUCCGCGAGCUCUACAAGAUCCUGGAGAGCCACCAGUUCUCUCCCCACAACCACCCCAAGCUGCAGCAGCUCUGGCUGAAGGCUCACUACGUGGAAGCCGAGAAACUGCGGGGCAGACCUUUGGGCGCCGUCGGCAAAUACCGCGUCCGCCGAAAAUUCCCUUUGCCCCGGGAGAACACAGAAAACAACAACGCAGCCACCAACAAACCCAACCAACUCUCGCCUUUGGAUGGGAGCAAACCCCUCAUGUCCAGCUCCGAGGAAGAAUUUUCUCCUCCCCAAAGCCCGGAUCAGAACUCGGUCCUGCUCUUGCAGGGGAACCUCAGCCACGCCAGGAGCUCCGGCUACUCCCUAAGCGGCUUAGCCUCAUCCCAGACCCCUCACAGCCUCCACGGCAACCAGCUAAAAAACUCUCUGCUGGGACCCCUCACGUCCAGCCUGGUGGAUCUGGGAUCCUAA